UGGCGUCACUCUUGGUAUCCCUGCAGCUGGCCUCGGUCGGCUUUUAUCCACACCUGUUCGCAUCACGGUCCCCAACGGUCGGGAAUAUCCUCAUUCAUGCUUCUAUCUUGACAGCCACCUCUAAUUCCCCGCGCCGUCAUCUGCCGAUUUGCUGGAGUAUGUGAAGCGUCGCUCUUGUCGCCACGCUGCAGGAAUCUCCGCCGACACAAAUGAGGCCAACGAGCUAUGAUCGAUGAUGCCGCGCCAGAGACCCUGCCAGGCCGAUCAAUCCCUCUCGGGAACGAUCAGGAGGAUGGCAGAGGGGAUCCAGAGCCUUCAAACCGCGCCGAUGAUGCAGAAGCUCGAAGCUCUAGAAGAAGGCGACGGCGGAAACAUCGAAAGAUCAAUCCGGGCCUGGCAAGGAAGUUCGACUUCAUGACCCAAUUACUGCGAAAUCUCGACUCCUUGGUAUACGCAGAGCUAUGCACGUUAUACUACAUGGAGUGCUCCAUCUUCCGCUUUGCAGUUCGCGUCUAUGGACAACACCACUGGCUUACACCGAAGCCUGACGACUACCCAUUAACUAUGGCGGCGGCCCGGUCACAAGUAAUAUCGGUGUUUGUCCCGAACUUGCUCUGUGUCCUGUUACAUAUUUUUGCAUCCCUACCUGUAGCUGGCGAAGCUGCUCGUGGUUAUCUCCAUGGCGGUGUCAUCGUCGAUUUCAUCGGGCAGAAACCACCAACCUCGAGGCUUACUUUCCUAGCCCUCGACUGCAUUAUACUGGCUGUGCAGUGUCUCAUGCUUGCUGUGCACGCCGAGCGAGAGAAGCUACGGCCCAUUGUACGGCCACUGUUAUUCCGCUUGCCCCCGGCAUUAGAAGAGACGAUCGGCCUUUCGACUCAAGAUCACGAUGCUGAGGAGCGAGGGGUGUUGAGAGAUGCACCUGGACUCGACUUGGAAGGCGCAGACAGUGUGGAGCUCCAGCCUUUGCGACCCAACGGCGAUGCCGAAAAUAGCCAGGAGUCCGAACGAAGGCGAUCCUCGAGACGGCGCUCGUCCUCAAACGCUGCCAGCGGGAUGCAUUUAUUCGACGUUCUGAGCUCAGGGAAUGGCGUUUUGGGAGAUUUCCACAUAUCUCACACUAUUAGACAUGCCACCACUGAUUACUGGGGAGCGGCCGGCCACUCGCUUCAAACCCUGGGUUAUACCGCGACAUUGACGAGACUAUCCGCGAUGAGGCGGAUGCCGCAACUAGAACGCAAUCAGAUGAAUCAGAGGUAGUCUAGAUGGUAUCAUGAUAUCCAAUGGCAAUUGAUCUUCAAUUGUGCCGUCGCAUUCUGGUAUCUUAAGCAAUUUUGCGACCAACAUUACCAACACCGCUUCCCUUGACCGAAACAAGAAUAUCGUUCGACUCGUCGUCUUCGACGUCCCUUAAACCCCAACUACUCGCGCCGAAUGUUCGCAAGUCCCGCGCGAGCCCAACCAUCUCUUCUGAUCCAAUGACAUCUCUUCCUAUUCUCAAUCUGCCCACAUCUUCAGAUCCCAUAGCCAUCAAAGUCAUGAUAGUGCUGGCUGAUGUUUUGCUGAUACAUCCACCCUGCGCAAUGGUUUCCAGCAGUUGAUAGGCACAAUUCUUGCCAAUAUCUUCGGGGACCACGCCGCCCACGGGUGGCGCCACCACAUCUGCCGAGUAGAGGACUCCGACAGAGCUUGAUUCAGCGACCAAACUCAGACCGAAACCAAUACC